AUGUUUAAUAAUGAAGAAGACAAGAAAUACAAAAAUGAUUUGCUUAAUUGGAUGAAAUCAAAGAUUCAAGGAGCUAUCAUCAGUCCAAUACAUGAAGAUGACAUUUUGUUCCCUGUUUGUGAUGAAGUUACAAAGCUUUUGAUUGAUUUGAGGCAAAAUCAGGAUAAUUUCCACAUGAGAUCAUUCAACAUCAUUGUUGAGCAGCUCGAAAAUGUGCUUUACAGAAUGUAUGUGGAUGAUGAAACGUGUGAUCUUGCACCUUUUAAUUUAAGUGAGAAGUAA